UAUUCUCUGUUGCAGAGUGUAUAGCUCCCUCUUUAAGAAAUGUUCCUUGCAUAACAGUGUUGCAUGAUGAAAUCUAACACCACAUAGCUCCGGUCCAAGACCAAAGACUUGAUUUCUAAGAAUGAGGAAAACUGUACGCAUGUCACAAGAUGGGCCUUGCCCAGGAGACUUCAUGCUUCAGAAUGUAAACUGUCCUCAUGUGAAGCUGGGGCAAGAAUUCCCCGGAGUAGCUUUCCGAGGUCACCUCUGCUCUCCUCCAAAACUGAUGGAGAUAACAAGCUCUUCCCAUGCAAGUCAUGGCAACCAUAAAGAGAACAGUCCUUUCCUGAACAGUACAGAAGCUGGCAAGGGAGGUGAUUACUAUGACAGAAAUCUGGCCUUGUUUGAGGAAGAACUUGAUAUACGACCGAAAGUAUCGUCUCUGCUCGGCAAGUUGGUCAACUACACAAAUCUUACCCAAGGUGUUAAGGAACAUGAAGAAGCAGAAAGUACUGAUGGCUCGAAGAAGAAAGUGUCAAAGUCACCCAGCAUGGGCACCCUGAUGGGUGUGUAUUUACCCUGCAUGCAGAAUAUCUUUGGGGUUAUUCUCUUCCUUCGGCUGACCUGGAUGGUAGGAAUGGCUGGAGUUCUUCAGUCCUUCCUGAUUGUGUUACUUUGCUGCUGUUGUACUAUGCUGACAACCAUAUCAAUGAGUGCUAUUGCCACAAAUGGUGUUGUUCCAGCUGGUGGCUCCUAUUUCAUGAUUUCCAGGUCAUUGGGCCCUGAGUUUGGUGGAGCUGUUGGGCUGUGCUUUUACUUGGGAACAACAUUUGCAGGAGCAAUGUAUAUCCUUGGUGCCAUUGAGAUUUUAUUGACAUACAUUGUGCCACAAGCAGCAAUUUUUCAUCCCUCCGGUGCCCAUGAUGCAUCCAGUGCUAUGCUAAACAACAUGAGGGUCUAUGGGACUGUGUUCCUCAUCUUGAUGGCAGUGGUGGUCUUUGUUGGUGUCAAAUAUGUUAACAAAUUUGCUUCCCUCUUCUUGGCCUGCGUAGUGAUAUCCAUACUGUCCAUUUAUGCUGGAGCUAUCAAGUCCAUCUUUGAUCCACCUGAAUUUCCGAUUUGUAUGUUGGGUAACAGGACCUUGUCAAGAGAUCAGUUUGAUGUUUGUGCAAAAACAGUUGUUAAGGAUAACAUUACUGUGGCCUCCAAGCUUUGGGAGCUCUUCUGCCACACUACCAACUUAACCACCGAGAACUGUGAUGAAUAUUUCCUAUAUAACAACGUCUCAGAGAUAGCAGGAAUUCCAGGAGCUGCUAGUGGCAUUUUAAAAGACAACUUAUGGAGCAAUUAUUUGGAGAAAGGAGAGAUUCUGGAAAAAGCACAUCACCCAUCUGUUGAUGUAGCAGGCCAGAAGAACAACCUUCACCUAUAUGUGCUUUCAGAUAUAGCUACUUCAUUCAUGGUGCUAGUUGGCAUCUUCUUCCCUUCGGUGACGGGUAUCAUGGCUGGCUCAAACAGGUCAGGGGACCUCAAAGAUGCACAGAAAUCCAUCCCUGUUGGAACUAUUCUUGCUAUUGUCACCACAUCACUAGUCUACUUCAGUUGUGUUUUACUGUUUGGAGCCUGCAUAGAAGGUGUGGUCCUGAGAGAUAAGUAUGGCGAUGCAGUGAACAAGAACCUGGUGGUGGGCACCCUUUCCUGGCCCUCCCCAUGGGUCAUUGUGAUAGGAUCCUUCUUCUCCACCUGCGGAGCAGGUUUGCAGAGCCUCACCGGAGCGCCCCGCCUGCUGCAGGCCAUAGCAAAGGACAACAUCAUCCCUUUCCUCUGGAUUUUUGGUCAUGGAAAAGCCAAUGGUGAACCAACAUGGGCUCUUCUGUUAACAGCAUUAAUUGCUGAGCUGGGAAUCCUGAUUGCUUCUCUUGACAUGGUGGCCCCAAUUCUUUCAAUGUUUUUCUUGAUGUGUUACCUCUUUGUUAAUCUAGCAUGUGCAGUACAAACACUUCUUAGAACUCCAAACUGGCGUCCCCGAUUUAAAUACUACCACUGGGCCCUCUCCUUUUUAGGCAUGAGUAUUUGCCUGGCGCUGAUGUUCAUUUCGUCUUGGUAUUAUGCUUUGGUAGCUAUGCUUAUUGCAGGAAUGAUUUACAAGUACAUUGAGUACCAAGGUGCAGAGAAGGAAUGGGGUGAUGGUAUCCGAGGCCUUUCGCUCAGCGCAGCAAGAUAUGCCUUACUGAGGCUGGAAGAGGGCCCACCACACACAAAGAACUGGAGGCCUCAGUUGCUGGUGCUUCUGAAACUUGAUGAAGAUCUGCAUGUAAAAUACCCCAGACUGUUAACAUUUGCAUCCCAGCUGAAAGCUGGCAAAGGUUUGACUAUCAUAGGAUCAGUGAUCCAAGGGAAUUUCUUGGAAACUUAUGGAGAAGCCCAGGCUGCUGAACAGACUAUUAAGAACAUGAUGGACAUUGAGAAGGUGAAAGGAUUUUGUCAAGUAGUUGUAGCCAAUAAAGUUCGAGAAGGAAUUGCCCACUUGAUCCAGUCCUGUGGACUAGGGGGCAUGAAACAUAAUACUGUGGUUUUGGGAUGGCCUUAUGGCUGGAGACAAAGUGAAGAUCCAAGGUCAUGGAAGACCUUUAUAGGUACUGUUCGUUGCACAACUGCAGCUCAUCUGGCUCUGCUGGUUCCCAAAAAUGUGUCUUUCUACCCCAGCAACCACGAGCGUUACAACGAAGGCAACAUCGAUGUCUGGUGGAUCGUGCACGAUGGAGGCAUGUUGAUGUUGCUUCCUUUUCUUCUCAAACAGCACAAAGUUUGGAGAAAAUGCAAAAUGAGGAUUUUUACUGUAGCUCAGAUGGAUGAUAACAGUAUUCAGAUGAAGAAGGACUUGGCUACUUUUCUCUAUCAACUCCGAAUAGAGGCAGAGGUAGAAGUGGUAGAAAUGCACAAUAGUGAUAUUUCAGCAUAUACUUACGAGAGAACUCUUAUGAUGGAGCAGAGAUCUCAGAUGCUGAGACAGAUGAGGCUGACAAAAACAGAAAGGGAAAGGGAGGCUCAGCUGGUAAAGGACAGACAUUCAAUAGCACGUCUGGAGAGCCUCUACUCAGAUGAAGAAGAUGAAGGGGACCCAGUUCCUGAGAACAUCCAGAUGACCUGGACAAAAGAGAAGUGUGACGCUGAGAAGCGGAACAGAGGCAGUGCUGUGGGAAGCUUUAGAGAUCUCAUCACCAUUAAGCCAGAGUGGGAAAACUUGAACCAGUCUAAUGUCCGAAGAAUGCACACAGCAGUGAAGCUAAAUGAAGUUAUUGUAAAUAGAUCCCAUGAUGCCAGACUUGUUCUCCUCAAUAUGCCUGGUCCUCCAAAGAAUACUGAUGGUGAUGAAAACUACAUGGAGUUUCUUGAAGUCUUGACUGAGGGUCUGGAGAGAGUACUACUUGUUAGAGGUGGCGGCCGAGAAGUCAUCACAAUUUACUCCUGAUUUAGGACGAGCUUCUAAUGCUGGUCUGCGUUUUCCUUCUUGGCGAUAACAGACAUUCCAGUUGUAAAUGGAGAAGAAAAAAAGGUUUUUUUGCCUAACUUUCUCCUCAUCCAGUCCUAUUCAUUGUCCUUCCAUUUGCAACAUAACAUAUCGCUUGGGAUUGCAGUAGUGUUACACUACCAAUUAGCAACAUUGUUCAUCGCAAAGCUGCCAUGUUUCUCAGUUUCUGCUUUGGUACUCCAGCAUUUGUGCAUGUAGCUAACACUAAACCUCUUUUUAGUCAGCACUGCUAUGUGCAGUAUAUUUAGUAACUGUAUGUAAAGUUAGGACAUGAAAGCCAGUUACUGUAAAAUGAUUUUAAAAGCUUUUUAUAUUAGGUUUGGGGGUUAAAAUUACAUUAUAUAGCAGCUAGUUUCUGCUGAAGUUCAGCUAAAAAGCGUUUUCUAAGAGCACACUAAAUUGUAAGAGGACUGAAAACAAGCUCUGUUUUUCUGGGUUUAUUUCCAGAACUAAACUCUCAGUAUUGGGUAAGAAUUUAUACUUUUAAUACAUUUAUUGAUAGAGAUUUAAAUAAAUUAUGUUGAUAUAGUUGAAAUUAUGUAUGUAGCUUGCUACAAACUGUAUUGCUUCUGAGACUUGAGGUUCCGUGAGGCCAGAUCCCUAUUUAUUUUUGUAUUUAUUUGUCAGAAAUAUUGGAUAUGCAAAUGCAGACUGUUUAGGAUAAGAGAUCUCACCAUAAAAUUGGAAUCAUUAGUGGAUUGAAGGACCAGUCCUGUGCAGUUCUUCCAUGCUUUAAAUUUCUUGCAGACCAUCCAUCAAAGUACAUUGAGCAUGUUGGAGUCCUGUCUAUAGAGCGAAGUGCUAUGCUGCACACACAGCGAUGGGAUUGCACUUGCACAAGUACAGGGGACCUGCUGCUUCAUUGUAUGCUUUAUACCCUUAGAGGAAAAAGAAGAAAAGAAGACCCAUAUUAACCAAUAAGUCUCUGGAGAGUUUAUCAAGCCCAUUAAGUUGUACUUUAUGUACAGAACAUUCGUAUUUUUUCAAUAAA